AAAAGAAAAUUUGAUUUUAAAAAAUCUUUGGAUAUAUGUAUGUGUUUGUGUUCCUUUUGCAUUUUUCCUAGUUAUUAUAUGUAAUCAUGCAGCCCUUACAAAGGUUAUAUCAUUUCCACCUCAGGAAAAAUAGAAUUUGGCUGUUAUCAAAAACACAUGCGGGUUUCUGUGGGUUUUCCUUUGUUAUUAUGAUUCAUAAGCUGGCUGACAGCAGCCAUGAAUAUUCAUGUUUGCACACAACAUCACCCUGUAUAAUGAGGGAUGAAGCCAUGGGUGGCAUUAGUUCUGAAAGCGGAUAGGGUCAAGGGGACCUUUUCACACAAUCCAUGUUAGUUACCCAAAUUGGCUGAAUUGCAGUGAGUUCUAAGGAUACCACAUGUAAGGUGUCCUGUGAGGUUCUGACUUUGGUGACUUCUGGCAAAAUAUCUUUGUUCCUGAGCAAUGGCCCCUAAGCACAGUAGUAAAGUCUGACUCAUGUCUAUUUAAAGUGAAAGUCACCUAAUAGAAGUCUGCUUCUUUCUAUCUGCAUUGUACCUAUGACUAAUGUUUGUGUAAACAAAUAGUAAAAGUUUGGUACUCGGAGAUCAACAGGAGAACAAACAUAUUUCCUAUAUAGAUCCUGAGUCAAUAUUCUGAGGGAAGGCUUUAGACUGCAGUCAGGUUCAAAUCCUAUUUCUGCCAUUUAUUAUCAGUGUGAACUUGAACAAGUCACAUAAUGUCCCUGGGAUUUUUUUAGUUCUCCUCCAUCUCUCAAUCAAUGAUUCAGUUAUCUUACAAUACCAAGUUAGAGGUAUUUAAAAAAAGCAACAGAACUUUUUUUUUUUAUUUUUAAUAAGACCAUAAGGAAUGGAAAAGGUAUGGCCUAAUUGGAGAAGGCCGUAUAUUGUUUUGCUUUUUUAUUUAAAAAAAAAAGUGGGGAAGAGAAUCGAAUCUGCAAACUAUAAGUAAAAUUCAUUGAUAGAGGGAGAGAUUUCUUCUUCCAGGAUGCCUCAAUAUCACAGGUCUGGAAGUUAUUAAUCCCUUCCCCUGUGGAUAUUUAGGAAGAGAAAUAGUGAUUAUAAGGAACAAUUACGGCUUUUUUUUUUCAAGAAGAACUAAUUAUUCUAAUGGUGAAGAAUAGCUCUCCUACACUUAAUUUUUACCAACAAGAAGGAACUAGUUGUGAAAAAAGGAGACAAAACAUUUCAUGACUGAGGCAGCUGAAUGGUAAAGUGGCUAGAGAACUAGAUAUAGAAUCAGCAUGACCUGAGUUCCAAUCCAUCCUCACUCAGACACUUACUAGAUACAUAAUCUUGAGCAAGUCACUUAACCACUGUCUACCAGUUUCCUCAUCUCUAAAAGCAGAUAUGAUAACAGCACCUACUUUGAAGCAUUUUUAUAAGCUUGAUCAAUGAAUGCUGUGCAAACCUUAAAGGGCUAGUAAAGUUAUUAUUAUUAUGAAGGAAAUCAGUGUCUGACAUGCAUUCUAGCUUUGAGGAAAAUAAGGAUCAAAUGGUUCUAAGAGAAAAGGUACACUCCCAUGGAAUAAAAUUCUAGAUAAGAGUGAGGUCAAUCUAAAUUCUGAAGACACAAGCAGAAGUCUCAUGAGGAAGAAAGGGUACCUAAAGAAAUUGAUGUGGAUACAUAAGUAACUCAUAAACAUUCAGAUUUCUCAAAGAUGGAAAUACAAAUAACUGAAGAUGAAUGUAGAGAAGAUUGAAGGAUAUUUUUAUAUUAGUAGCACCAUCCUGUAUACUUGUUGCAAGGGUGCUAAAUCCCAAAAUAAGCUAAUGCUGGCAAUUGAUACUAGAAAUAACAAGAAAAAGAUGUUUUUUGAGCAGGAGACGACUUUUAAACAAUGUUGGAGGCAAGAUGAAAUUUUUGUAAAAGGACUAGAGUGGCUGCUUCAAAUGAAUAUGAUUAUGAAAGAGGGCAGUGAGAAUAUUAAACUCCCAUUUAACUGUUUUCCCUUUAAAGGCUCUCUUAAAUGAGAAAUAUAGAAUAAAAAGAAAUAAAUAGCAAGAAGUAGAAGUGGAAGCAAAAUAGCAUCUUAAAUUAGCACAGAAUACCCUAGAAAACCUCAGGAUUAGGCUGGACCAAGAAAGAAUGACUAUCAGUAGGAAAGCAAACAAACAAGCAUGCUUUGAACAUCAAAAGGCUGCUUCUAGGGAGACUGUCUAGGUGAGGGUGGUCAUUUUAGAAUUUACCCUAGAUCAAGGACUCCAAGCAGGAAACUUCUUGAGCUUCCCUUAGAAUUUACCUUAGAUCAAGUUCUCUAAGAAGGAAGUUUCUUGAGCUUCCCUUCUUAAUGAAUGUUGACCACAAAGAACCAUGUUCAGUCAUUUCUGUACUAAUAAAAGACAAGUGUUAUCAAUGUCAUAUAAAUUUCAGUGACCUACAAGGAAGCUAUAUUACCGCACCCUAGUUAUGUCUCUCGUGUCAGUGAUAGGACAAAAAGGAAAGAGUUUUGUUUACUAGAGGGAAGGAUGAGGGGAAGGAGGCUUCUUUCUUUUAAGACUGGGAAAUGAUCCUUCCCUUUGAUUCCAGAAUAGCUUUCAGGACAGUAGUUGACUUGAAUAGGAACAGUCUGUUUUUCAGUUGAGCAAGUUAUUGGGAAUUUAAGAGACUAUCACUCCCCAGGAUUCUGGCUUACUCCUGCUUUGAGGCAUGCAGCUGAUAUUAAUGAAAAUGCCCCUUCUGCUUUGACAAGUCUGCUGUGCUUCCCCUCUCAGCCAGCUGACGUCAUUCAAAAUUGAGAGGAGCCCUCCCACUCUGCUUUCUUAAUUGAGUUUGAUGGACUUCUCUGCUCUGUUGAGCCCAUUCUGGAGUGGAGGGGAGGAAAAAAACCGGUUUUUAAAAGUGCAACGUAAGAAACUUUAUAGUGACAUACUGGCUAACGCUAUAUGUCCCAAGCCAAGAAGGAAAAGGAAACCAGUUGCUAUGUUGUUCCGACAAACAAGACUGCUUGCUUUUAAAUUUGACUGAGUUUUUGUUCCUGUGAGAACUAUUCCCGCUGGAGUGGCUGGCCCACUUGGAACUAGUCUGGUAUGCUUGACAGACGCCUGCUGUCUCCUCAAACUAAGUGCAUUAUUCCUGGGGGUUCGGCAGACUCCUACACUAGCCGUCCAUCUGAUUCAGAUGUCUCUCUGGAGGAAGACAGGGAAGCAGUGCGGAGAGAGGCGGAAAGACAGGCCCAGGCCCAGCUGGAAAAAGCCAAGACAAAACCUGUUGCAUUUGCAGUGCGGACCAAUGUCAGCUACAGCGCAGCCCAUGAGGAUGACGUCCCAGUACCAGGCAUGGCCAUCUCGUUCGAAGCAAAAGAUUUUCUGCAUGUUAAGGAAAAAUUUAACAAUGACUGGUGGAUAGGACGGUUGGUAAAAGAAGGCUGUGAAAUAGGAUUCAUCCCAAGUCCAGUCAAACUAGAAAACAUGAGGCUACAGCACGAGCAGAGAGCCAAGCAAGGAAAAUUCUACUCCAGUAAAUCAGGAGGAAAUUCAUCAUCCAGUUUGGGUGACAUAGUACCUAGUUCCAGAAAAUCUACGCCUCCAUCAUCUGCUAUAGACAUAGAUGCUACUGGCUUAGAUGCAGAAGAAAAUGAUAUUCCAGCCAACCACCGCUCCCCUAAGCCCAGUGCAAACAGUGUAACGUCACCCCACUCCAAAGAGAAACGAAUGCCCUUCUUUAAGAAGACAGAGCACAUUCCUCCUUAUGAUGUGGUGCCUUCUAUGCGACCGGUAGUGUUAGUGGGACCUUCUCUGAAGGGCUAUGAGGUGACAGAUAUGAUGCAGAAAGCACUGUUUGAUUUUUUAAAACACAGAUUUGAAGGGCGGAUAUCUAUCACAAGGGUCACGGCUGACAUCUCGCUUGCCAAACGCUCAGUAUUAAACAAUCCUAGCAAACAUGCGAUAAUAGAACGGUCCAACACAAGGUCAAGCUUAGCUGAAGUUCAGAGUGAGAUUGAAAGGAUAUUUGAACUGGCAAGGACUUUGCAGUUGGUAGUCCUGGAUGCAGACACCAUCAAUCAUCCAGCCCAGCUCAGUAAAACCUCUCUGGCUCCAAUUAUAGUCUACGUAAAGAUUUCUUCUCCUAAGGUUUUGCAGAGGCUAAUAAAAUCUCGAGGAAAAUCUCAAGCAAAACACCUCAAUGUCCAGAUGGUGGCAGCUGAUAAACUGGCCCAGUGUCCACCAGAAUUGUUUGAUGUGAUCCUAGAUGAAAACCAGCUUGAAGAUGCCUGUGAACACCUUGCUGACUACAUGGAGGCUUACUGGAAAGCCACACAUCCUCCUAGCAGCAAUCCACCCAACCCUCUCCUGAGUCGUACUCUAGCCACGGCAUCUCUUCCUAUCAGCUCCACUCCAGCCUCCAAUUCACAGGGUUCUCAAGACCAGAGGAAUGACUAUUCCGCUCCCACCCGCUCUGCCUCCCAAGCUGAAGAGGAGCCCUGUCUUGAGCCCGUCCGGAAAUCCCAACACCGUUCAUCCUCCUCUGCGCAGCACCACAACCACCGGAGUGGCCCGAGCCGAGGUCUCUCCAGGCAAGAGACGUUUGACUCGGAAACUCAAGACAGUCGAGACUCAGCCUAUGUUGAGUCAAAGGAAGAUUACUCCCAUGAGCACGGCGGCGACCAUUACGCCCCUCACCGGGAUCACAACCACAGGGAAGACCUGCACGGGAGCAGCGACCACAGACACAGGGAAUCUCGGCACCGCUCUAGGGAAGCUGACCGAGAGCAGGACCACAACGAAUGCCACAAGCAGCGCAGCCGACAUAAAUCAAAAGAUCGAUACUGUGACAAGGAUGGAGAAGUGAUAUCCAAAAAACGGAAUGAGGCUGGGGACUGGAACAGGGAUGUUUACAUCCGACAGUAACUUGAGCCUUUGGGACAUUUUGUUUGUUUCUUGGAAGUCUUGUAUGACAGCCACAGGGGAAAAACACACACACAAAAACACAACCUCACAAAAUAUUUUGAUCCUCCAUGACAAAUUCAGUGGUAUCUGCCCAUCUUGGACAGUUUGUAUGGCUGCUGCUUGCAGAGCAGCAGCACGAGAUAGAAUCUAUUCACAUACUUUUUUAUUAGGAUUUUUGGAAGUGCUCUAUUGAUGCAGCUGGUACAGUGGCAGGCUUCUGCUGUCGUACUUGACUUUUACAAAGCUGUUUUUUGGUAGCUGCCCCUUGAACAAUAUCUAUUGCCCAUCACCCGGUGGCGUUAGUGUUUUAAGCAAGCUAGAGGCGAUGCAUAUUAAUCUCCUGUGUAUCCAGCAAGCUAAAGUCAGUCAGCCUAGACAACAAACAAAAUUGUAUUUUCUCCCAACUGGCAUCUUCCUCUAAGGACCACUAUCUGUUGCUUGUACCUCUGGUUGACUAAAUUUGGGGGACAGAUUCAGUCUUGCCUUACACAAAGGGGAUCAUAAAGUGAGAAUCUAUUUUCUAUGUACUGGUACUGUGUACUGUAUAUACAGUUUGUAAAUGUUAUUUCUGUAAACACCUUCUUCUUAUAUCAGUUUGAUCACACUAUUUUAAGAGUCCUAAUGCCAAGUCAGCAGAUUUGCUUUUGAAUUACAGGGACUGGAAAUACCCUCAAUUCAGGAAAUUUGCAACAUCAUUUAGUCUUGAUACUUUUCCCUCUCCGGUAGAAAGUCUCCUGUACAUAAUGUAAAUAGGUGUGAUUGCUUGAGAUAAAGGAAGGUUUCAUUCAAGACUGCCAUGCCAUCCUUAAAAGCUUCUCCUUUUGAUCAGAAGGUAUGGUGAACUCUAGAAAUUAUUCUAAUCCAUGGGAUUCACACUGAUUGUAACAAACACAUUCUUAGUAGGUAGUGUCUGUUAGAGUCACAGCACUGGAGCAUAUGAGCCAGAAAUCUUUGCAUGGAGGGUGUGCGUGAGUGUGUGUGCGUGCUUGCGUGUGUUACAGUGUGAGAGGGCGACAUAAUGAAUUUGAAUGCAAAAAAAAGAGUCUGUUGAAGAAAAAAUAGAGGCUGAUACUUAAAAUUCUGCCCAAUUGGAUUUCUAUUUUGUUGUGCUCUAUGUUAGUUUAAUAAUCCAAUGUGCAGUCAGGGAAUUUGAGGAAGUUUGCUGCCAAAGGUAAAUGGGAAAGCAUAAUCUGCUGGCUCUUUUUGUGAGACUCCCAGAGAGUAAAAACACAGGCACUUGUUACUGUGAGUGUUUCACUGGAAAUGGUACAAUCUUUGUGUUUUAUAGUACUUGUUUUAGGAAGAAAAGUUUACACAGCUUGUGGAAUUAUUUUGUGGGAAAAUAAAUUUUUGUAGUUUCUCCCACCUCAUUUCUACACUUGCCAAUUACUCCCAUCAGUUCUUGUCAUCUGUUGCUCCUACCCCUCUACCUCCCCUCCCCAUAUCUUUCCAAAUCAAUCUUGAUGUUCGUCAGGAAACUAGAAAGUGAUUCUUGUAACCAAAGUCUCUGCUAUUUAGAAUUAACCAGGUCCAAAUCAGCUGACCUGAACCACUAGUGAAACGUGGGGAUAUUUUUCUUCACUAGACAUCUGCUUUGAAGAGGAAUGCUAGAAGAUACUAUCUCCUUUCAGUUAUUCUGCUGUAAAUGAUUGAAAAUGUUGCUAAUAGUUUUAAGAUAAAUAAUCUAGAUGUCUAUUAAGUGCACAUGUUAUCCAGACGUCAUUGGAUGGGUAAUAUUAGGUGUCUGAGUUUUUAGCACUUGAAGUUUAUUCUGGAAAAAAUAAUGGAUAUAAAUGUCUGACUUCAAAUAAUGUACAUUUAUCAAAAAAAAUCAAACCCAAAAUACUGAUUCCAUUUUUUAAUAUGUCCUUGUUUAUUCUAGUCUUUAGCUAAUAGUUUCAACCCUUUAAAUUAAAAUUUAUCAUGAAUUGGGCUCCUUUCUCUCUCCCAUAUCCCCACUUCCCCACCAUGGGGGGGAAAAUCCCACCUUGAAAUGAACGUACCAAAGCAAGUUGAGUGCUUUAUCAACCCCUUUCCUCAGUCUUUCCUCCCCCCCCCUUCAGGAUGAGAUCUAUUUGUAUAUAAUGUAGGUAAAUGAUGCUCAGUAAUUAGAUAUCUUGCACUGUUAAAACCGAUUUAUUUAUUGUACCGUACCAACAGUGGCUAUAAUGGACAUGCUGAAAUCUUGUUGCAUCAGUGAUAACUUCAUUCCAAUAACCUUGCUUAAAAAAAAAAAGUUUUAGCUAAAAUAGAUAGCUGUAUCAUACUCAUCCUUACUCUUCCAACAUAUCAUUUUGGCUGGUUUGCUGUCUCCAAAUCAUUUAUAUUCUUUAAAUGUGACUUCUAUUCCACUGACUGCCUCCACCAGUUCCCACUUAUAGCUCUAUUGGAUUCCAUUUUAUUUACCUUGUCAAUUUUUUUUUUACAUUUCUCACACCUUUAGAUAAAAUUUUAGUUCUAUUUCAAGCCCUCCUUAGGGAUUAUUUUUGCAGGAUUACGAAUCUUUGAGCUGUUAGACAUGAAAAAUUGUCCAGUGGGCAUUAAUGUAAACAAAAUGACAAGCUUAUAAACAAAGAGCAUCAUCUCUGGUACAAUGGGAUUUUAUUGGUUUGUGGAAUAUAUAAAGAUGUAGUCUUUUCACACAAGGGCCUUUGUCAUUAGCAUACUCCAUUGAAGCAUCAUCGUUUGGGUAGUCCCUCUUGAGAAAUGCUGGAAAUAGUGUACUGUGCUCUUGUCCUCUUCAUUUCCAUUCCUCCUUUCUAUUCUUCUUCCCCACUGCUAAUUUCAUUUACUGUUGCAAAAAGGUGCUGCUAAACAUAGGGACUAGUUUUAGAUACACUGUACUUUGGGGUGUCACCCUUUUAACAUGGUUUGCUAUGCAUUCCUGUUGAGAGACAUUCACUUGUCAGCAGCUACCCAGAUGUGUUUUUCAACAAUCUUGGUUUAAAAUUAUCCAUAUGAAACAAAUAAAGAGCUGGCUUCUGCACUGUU